AUGAUUCCCCCGAAGCCCGUGAACAACUUCUACAGGGAGCCUGACUUCGACACAAUCCAGCUCCAUGCCGGAUACGAGCCCGACAUCGCGACGAAUGCGCGCGCGCCCCCUAUCUAUGCCAGCACAAGCUUUGUCUUCAACGACUCUAAGCAUGGCGCGGACCUGUUUGGGCUGAGGACGGCAGGCAACAUCUACGGCCGCAUGGGCAAUCCGACGGUCGGCGUCUUCGAGAGGCGAAUGGCCGCGCUCGAGGGCGGGGUUGCUGCGGUCGCGACGGCGAGCGGCCAUGCUGCGCAGUUCAUGGCCAUCUCUUGUAUCGCGGGGGCCGGCGAUAACCUUGUCACUUCAUCGUACUUGUAUGGCGGGACGUACAACCAGUUCAAGGUAUUCAUGAAAAAGUUCAACAUCACUAUGAAGUUUGUGCAGAGUGAGGACCCGCGCGACUUUGCCGCCGCCAUCGACGAGAAGACGAAGGGAAUCUAUGUCGAGAGCAUCGGCAACCCCAAGAACACCGUCGCACCGUUGCCCGAGCUUGCCAAAGUCGCCCACGACCACGGUAUCCCUCUGUUGGUGGACAACACGUUUGGCAUGGGAGGAUACCUCGUCCGUCCCCUCGAGCUCGGCGCCGACAUCGUCACGCACAGCGCGACGAAAUGGAUCGGCGGGCACGGCACCGUCCUGGGAGGUGUCGUGAUCGACGGCGGCAAGUUCGACUGGGCGAAAUCGGGCAAGUUCCCGGACUUCACCGAGCCCGCGGAGGGCUACCAUGGGAUGCGGUUCACGGAGACAUUCGGCGACGCUGUGUUCGCGGUCAAGUGCCGCCUCGACGUGCAGCGCGACCUCGGGCCUUGCAUGGACCCCUUCCCUGCGUUCCUGCUCCUCAUGGGCAUCGAGACGCUCAGUCUCCGUGCGCAGCGGCACUCGGACAACGCACUCGCGCUCGCACAAUGGCUCUCGAAGCACCCGAAGGUCGCGUGGGUGUCCUACCUGGGACUUCCGUCGCACCCGUCACACAAGGAGGCGCUGCGGCUGCUCGCACGCAAGAACGCGUUCGGGGGCAUGCUCAACUUUGGUAUCAAGGGCGACGGGAAGGUCGGCAGCGCGGUCGUCGACGCACUAAAGCUCGCGAGCAACCUCGCCAACGUCGGUGACGCGAAGACACUCGUCAUCCACUCGGCGUCGACGACGCACCAGCAGUUGACCGCGGAGGAGCAGAUCGCGUCGGGGGUCACCCCCGAUUUGAUUCGGGUCUCUGUCGGCAUCGAGAGCAUCGACGAUAUCAUCGCCGACUUCGAGAACGCGCUCAAGAUGGUUCCCUGA